AUGGGGUUCUUUGGUUCCAAGAGAUCCUUCUUGGCUUUCCAACUGGGCCUCAUUGCUGGCUUCAUCAGCGCCUUCUACCUGGUGGGCCCCCUGACAUGGGAGUGGCCCUCACGGCCUAGCUUCCAGCUGCCACGUGGUGCCAGGGAUCCAGAGUGGAUUGUCAAUGGAUCAGCUCUCCUCAGUGUGACACACCCACACCUGGCAGGUAAAGAUAGCAGUGUGGCAGAUGAGCUGUUCAACAAGGUGCGGAUCUUGUGCUGGGUGAUGACUGGCCCCAAAAACUUGGAGACAAAGGCUCGCCAUGUCAAGGCCACCUGGGCCCGUCACUGCAACCUGGUCCUUUUUAUGAGCUCAGUGCAAGAUGAAAACUUCCCCACCAUAGGGUUGGAUACCAAAGAAGGCCGGGACCAGUUGUACUGGAAGACUAUCCGGGCUUUCCAUUACGUGCAUAAGCACCACUUUGAGCAGGCAGACUGGUUCCUCAAAGCCGAUGAUGACACAUAUGUGAUUGUGGACAACCUGAGGUGGUUGCUGUCCAACUACACCCCUGACAGGCCCAUCUAUUUUGGCAAGCGCUUCCGGCCCUUUGUCAAGCAAGGCUACAUGAGUGGGGGUGCUGGCUAUGUGCUCAGCAAAGAGGCCCUGCAGCGUUUUGUGGCUGGCUUUGCCUCCAAGGUGUGCAGCCACACCAGUUCUGUGGAGGACCUUGCACUGGGCCAGUGCAUGGAGAAGAUGGGAGUUGAGGCUGGUGACUCCCGGGACCCUGAGAAGAGGGAGACUUUCCAUCCAUUUGUGCCAGAAUCUCACCUGACUGAGAAGUUCAUAAAUAGGUUCUGGUAUUGGAGCUACUGUUAUUACCCCAUUGUGGAGGGCCCUCAGUGCUGCUCUGACCUGGCUGUCUCCUUCCACUAUGUGAACUCAGAGCUGAUGUAUACCCUGGAGUACCUGACCUACCACCUCCGUGGCUAUGGCUACCGCUACCGCUACCACCCACCCCUGCCUGAGAAUGCUGCUCGCCUCCAGCCUCAGCCUCGGGGGGACCUCCCAGAGAGGACCAACAGCAGCGCCUCGGAGACUGAUAAGAAGAUGUAA